AUGAAUCAACAAUUAGCUAUAGUUGGUAAUAUACAUAAACGAUUCAAUACAUUCAAUAAUGUGUGUCCGAUAUGUGGAGUAUCGUACAAGAAUAGAAAGGCGAUGUUUACUGCGCACUUGGUGCAUUGUUCAUACACUCUCAUCAAGGAAAUGAAUCAAGAGAGUUUGUUGAUGCAACUGAUCAACCAAGAUAAUUCAUCAUCGGCAUCGUCAUCAUCGUCAUCAUCAACAGACAUAUAUCUACAAAAGAAAAGAAAAAGAGAUCAAGAUGAUAAUCAAGAAAAUAUGGAACAAGAAGAUGAAGAUGAAGAGUCAAAUGAUCGAGCAGUUGUAAAAGUACCCUAUAAUCAUGAUGAUGAUGAUGAUGAUGAUGAAAAUGAUCAAAUGACAAUUGAAUACUUUGAAUCUAGAAUGAAUGCACAACAUUGUCUUGGAGUGUAUUGCAAAAAAGAUAUGUCAUUAGAAACAGAUCAUCAUUUAUCUAUUUCAGUUGGUUCACAAGUAUUUGGACUUUGUACAAUUGGAACACAUGGACAUGGAAAAGAAAAGGAAACAUUGAUGGCAAUAGAAAAUUUGGUGGAAUGGGCGAUUGAAGAUUGGGAUGCUUCUGGUGGUUCCCAAGUAACAGUUACAUGUGGAGAAGGGUUGCCUACUGUAGUAGUAGCUGGUGUAAACAAAGAGCUAUGUUGUAAGAAGACUUCAAAAUGUGUACCCAUCACAAUUCACUUUCCAAUACUUGGUAAAGAAUAUCAAGGUCAUUCAUUCAAUAUUCGAUUCUGUCAACCGAAAUGUCUAAUAACUGCAAUACAAGAUACAAAAACAAUGCUUAAAUGGCGUUCAAUGUUGGAUGAUAAACUUGAAUUAGAUGAUGAAAAUAAUAAUAAUCAAAAUAAUAAUAAUAAUAAUGAACUAAUCAUUUCCAACAAUUGCAAGAAGAAAAAAGGAAGAGGAAGACCAAAAGGUGCAAAAGAUAAAACUAAACGUAAAUCCAAGUUACAAGAGCAAGAUGGAGUAGAAUAG